UCAAUUGAAGAACGUCUUUGGUCCUGGACUUCAACGUAAUUAUAAAACUGAACAUGUGGUUGCAGCGAGUAAUAUUUAUCGGCAAGGACCUGACGCGGAUGGAACAAAUCAGACGGAAACAACGAUGAAGAGAAUUAUGGAACUCCUUGGUAGAUUAAUUCUGAACGAAGUCCAGAGAAAAACUUGCGUUUCCUUAUCGUCAGAUAUGCGAGAAUUUUUGGGAUGGAUGCUGGAAAUAGAUCGAGAGAGUGAACCGUUCGAAGAAGUACCAUCGUUGCCAUUGAUCCAUGCAAAAAUAAUUCCGGAGCAGGAUUGGAAACGCAAAUUUUUAUUUGCCAAUACUUCCGAGACCGCAGAUAUUAACGAGUUACAGAAAAAAGUGAAAGUAUUGAAUACUCUAGUAAAGGAAUAUAACGCUUUGACAGCAAAAGAAAAAACAAAAGUCCAAGAAGUCCACGAGUAUUUGAUUCGGCAGUUAAAUUUACUUCUGAGAUAUAUCGAAGAGCGAGAAAAGCAAGAAAAGUUUGCUUCCAUUCGAGCAGCUAGAGCUGGAAUCGGAAAUAUUCUACAAUAUCAGAGUGCAAUGCCCAAUGUCACUAAUGCAAGCUAUUCGAUGACAAAAGAUGCAUUCUUUUCGCCAAUCAAUACGCAUAAUUUUUUUCGAUUCAACAACGCAGCCAAAGUGACAGAUAGACAGCAUCACGAUGGUCGCAGAGAAACGCGCAGCCUCGAAAUCCCAUCGAAGCGACAUCGCAAAGCGCAAAAGUUCCGUAAUCAUAAAAAGGACGAAAAUUACGGGAAAGCGAAGCGAAAGCACCGGAAGCACCAAAGUCGCGCGAGACCAUUUCCGGAGAAGUCGCGACAGAAGCGCGCGAGUCACGGAGAAAGGACUUCCCUCUAUUUAGGUUACGAGGAGCCGACGAUUUACGAUUCGUUCGAUCAGCUCGAUGCAAAAUUGACAGGGAAGAGGAAACGGGAAUCGGCCGAUAAGAAAAACCUGACGACCGAAGAUGACAGGACGCUGGAUCCGUCGUCAAUAAAGGGGAAGAAUCGCUUGGAGGACGAAGUGAUACUGCUGAACAAGCGGGAAGCCUGGCGGAAGGAGAACGAGGAACAACUGGCGGAAGUGGCGUUCGGCAAGGACAUGAGGAAAUUGACGGAUGGAGAUAAACAUAAGCCGAUCGAUGAGACGGGUUCCAGAGCGAAGCGAGAAGGCGUCAUCAUUCGCGGAACGUCAGCUGUCAAAAGUGGCGAGUCCGGAAAAAUUUCGAGGGAUAACGACGCGAACGAUAAGUUGAGAUCGGCCGAGCGCAGGAUCAAUGUUUUCGCGGACCACAGGACUGAUACAGCGACUGCGGGAGAAAAGUUAGUGAUAAACGCGGCAGCCAAUAACCAGGUUAAGGGAAAACUUUGCGCCAUAAAUCGCGAGACAAAAAUUGACAGCGCGAACGGAAGUCCGGGCUUCGUAAACUUGACGAGCGAAAUUGGGGUCUCGGAGGAACGACGGAAAGUUUCGGCGGCGGAAAAAGUAGCGGAUGAUAACGCUGUAAAAUUAAAUCGAGCGACAAACUAUCGAAGCGCGGAAACGGAUCCCGAAAUCGAGCUGAAAAAUCUGCGACAGGGACUUGAUGCGGGAUUUUACGGCGUCGAGGAUUAUUGGAGGAUGAUCGACUUGUUUUACGAAGAUGAUGAUAAUCUAUCUGGAAAUAAAUUAAGGGAGAAAUAUGUAGCCAAGUUAGACGUACCGGAUGACCUAGAUCUCGAGAAUAAUUUGGAGCAUCCAAGAUUAAGAAGUAAUAAAUGGUCGAGUGACGUCAUCGAAUGGAAGUUGCUGCCGGUAAUAAGAAGUUCGCCGCAUUAUGACGAUCAUGUUUUAUCGCGUUUAAUAGAAAGGGAAAAUAUGCCGAAUCGAAUAAUAUUAAAUAAUAAUAUCAGAAAUUUCGAAAUUGAACCGAAUGUUUAUUUAAACAGCGACAAAUAUUUACGUUCGAGACGUCGCGGAAGAAGAUUUAAUGUCUUUCCUGAAUCGAGAAUAAUCGACAAGGAUAGUUUUUUGCGCAGAAUUCGUUCGGAAAUGAAGCAAGCGUCCGAGACAGCGAAAUCGAAAGAUUUACGAGUGGAGCCAAUUUUUCUCAAAGUUCGAAAACUAUCUCGACCGAGGAACAACGUUGUGGAAUUUAGGACGCCUCUCGAGCUGAAAAAUUAUAAUCGCAAACUCCGCGGAAGAUCACGAUCUCGCAACGAUUCAAAACUCGACGAUCGACCGAUCUACAACAAAGCUGCUCCGCGAUUAUCUGUCUGGCCGCAUCGAUAUUAUUACGUGGACUCGCCAACCUUUCACUUUGUCCCGAAUAUUCCCAGGAGAGACGGUGACGCGUAUCGAUAUCUUGAGUACGGCCCCUUUAAAGAGGAGAUUCGCGACUCGAAUCGACGGAAUAGGUUGAAAACCUCGGGAGAAGCCGUCGAUUUUCCGGCGGAUAAUUUAGCAAGCAAGACCGAAAAGUUUCUCAUGCAAGCGGGCGAACCGACUCUUGCGAGUGGCAAAGAUUAUUUUAGCUUCGACAAGACAAAGUAUACACAAGAAACGAGGGAGGGUAAUGGAACUAAAUUGAAAGAGUGAUCAAAAAAUUUUAUUUUUUGGCGCGCAUAAUUUUUUGGAAUUAAAAAGAUGUGAUAUAAUAUGGGGAAAAAUCGAAUUUAAGGGGUAAUGACCCGAAA